AUGGAUUCGGGCCUUUCCGAGCGCAUGGACAAAACCCUGCAAGAGCUUCUUCCCAAAGCUGCUGCAGCCGUGGCUACACCCAAGAACUAUGAUCCUUCAACUGCAAUUGAUCUGUCAAGCGCCCACAAUGCGGUCAUUCGGGACGAACUCCAAGAGUUCUUUAAAACCACAGUAGAGGAUAGACUCACAGUCGAUGCAUUUGACUUGCCCGACACAAUUGGCGGCGACGUCGCUCUUCGCCAGGCCCUGACAUCGUUCCUAAACUCAUACUUCAACCCAAUACAUGCCCUAACCCACGAGCAUAUCGUGCUCACCGCCGGGGCAAGUGACGCGCUCGAGAACUUGGUCUAUGCGGUCUGUAACGAUGGCGAUAGUGUCAUUGUUCCAGGUCCUUUCUGGUACUAUCUAGAUGGGUUUGAAGGAAUCCUGAAGUCUCGGCCGGGUGUCAAUAUUAUAGCAGCUCAUCCGCCAACCUAUCAGAACCAUGACAACUACCUCAUUCCGUCUCUUCAGGCGGCAUACGACUUCUCGGCUGAUAAAUCACGGAUCAAAGCGGUCAUCAUAUGCAACCCACACAAUCCAUUGUCGCAAUGCUAUCCCAAGAAGACGCUCGUAGAGUGCAUGGAGUUUUGCCAGGAACGUGGACUACACCUCAUUUCGGAUGAGCUCUACGCCCUUGCCUCACUCAAGGGUACUUCAAACAACGGCACACCAUUUGUAUCUGCCUUGUCUUUGACGGAGCCAUUGGUACCAUCUGGGGCUGUAAAGGUUGAUCCAAGCCGCGUCCAUGUUAUUUGGAGUCCAAGUAAACUCUUUGGCUCGAGCGGAUUCAGAGUUGGUUGUGUUAUAUCGCAGAGCAACCCCCAACUCCGCCAGGCUCUUUCUCUCCUGACCUAUUGCCACACGAACAACAUCGCCUCGCUGUAUCUAACAUCCCUCCUCUCUUGGUCCCAACUUCCAACCCUCCUGGCCUUGAACUCUGAGCGACUGAGCGAGUCAUACCGCGUACUUGCCGAGGCACUACAGCGAUGGGACGUCGACUUCGUUCCGCCCACUCACGGUAUAUUCCUCUUUGCAAGGUUAGCUAAAAAGGCAAAGACAGUUGAAGAAGAGAUGAGCUUCUUCAAUCGACUGGCUGCCCACGGUAUUCGUGUGAGUCCAGGUCGUUUCUACAAUGGCGUGGACCCAGAGCUUGCUCAGCUUGGGUGGGCAAGGAUACGGUUUUCCAUCCCGGUUAAUGACAUGUCGGCGGCAGUAGCUCAUAUUUCAAGCUUUCUUGCGAAGGAACUUUAG